AAUUAAGAACGAGAAUAUGCCUCGCCUAUCAAUAAUGAUAAGCUAUUAAUUCCUUUUUAGCUCAUGUGACUAGUUUAUUAAUAUAAAGUUUAGUAGAGCGUGACUUCAGCCUCAUCUCCUCUUUUUCUUUUUCAUGAUCUGUCUUCGCUGCGCCUCUUGACCACUGCGUCAUUUGUUCCUUCAUCCAUAUUCUAGACAAGCUUUUCAUAUUCUUCCUGGGAUUGUAAAAGAGAGCAAUGGCAAUGGCCGCUGCAAUGAAAGAUUCACUUGUUUGUAAUCGGAUAAUUUCAAUAAAACAUUCAGCGGAUGGAGAGUCCUCAGGCGUUAAAAUGCCCAAGGUUUCCUACUCCUUGGGAGGAUACAAGAGAAUAAGGCACAGGAACAUCGUGUUUGCUGCUUCAGCAACAAAUCAGCCAGUAUUACAAGACAGCUUGAAGCGUGCUGUUGCAAAGAAAGCUAUGGAACUUAUCAAACCUGGAAUGGUGGUUGGUCUUGGGACUGGUAGCACAGCAUCAAUGGCAAUUGAAGAAUUAGGCAAGCUUAUUCAACAAGGAAAGUUGAAGAAUGUUAUUGGAGUAGGAGCGACCUAUCAAUCACGGGUUCUUGCUCGACAAUUCGGUGUGAAAACAGUAGACUUAAAUGAUGUCAAUCAUAUUGAUAUAGCAUUGGAUGGAGCAGAUGAAGUGGAUUCUUCCAUGAAUGUUCUUAAGGGUGGAGGAGCUGCUCAUACAAUGGGCAAGAUUGUCGAUACAAUGGCUAACAAAUGUGUAGUAUUAGUGGACCAAUCAAAAAUUGUGUCUGGGCUUGGACUCAGUUUUCCUUUACCAGUUGAAGUUCUUCCUCAAGCAAUAUCGCCUGUUCUUCGAAAGCUUGUCAGUCUUGGAGGAGUUCCUGAAAUUCGGAAUGCUCUGAGAAAAGAUGGGCCUGUAAUUACAGACCUUGGGAAUAUGGUGGUUGAUGUCAGUUUUCCUGAAGGCAUAAAAGAUCCUGCUAGCUUAGAGCAAAAAAUAAACCUUAUACCUGGUGUCAUUGAAAAUGGUCUUCUGACAGGAGUUGCAAGCUCUGUUUUGGUGGCAACGCAAGAUGGGGAUGAUAUUACAGUUAUUGAGCUAGAUGAAUUUGUCAAGAGUCUGAAGAGUCUCAGUGAAGAAAACUCCAAAUCAUAAACGAUGAGCGGUUUAUGAUUGUUAUAAUGAUUAAGAAGGGGUUAUUCACAGAAACAUACAAAUACUGUUUUGUUAUUGGUUAAUGGAUGAUUGUUGUAGUCUGAUUAUGGUUGGGCGAUUUUCAUUAUCCAAGUAACCAAGAAAUCAUGUUGUAAAUACAGAAAUAAAGUUUAUAAUAAUCACAUGAAGCUUGUGCUGUCAGACGUUCAUGGGAACCCACCAAGACUUGAUCAAAUUCUAAAACAAUUAUGAAAUGUCGCACAGGUGCAGAACAUAAUCUGCAUCCAGUUUUCUCUGUGCAGAUGAUGAUUGAAUCGGCUACCAAUCUUGAACGUUGUGACCUAAUAUUUGAAUUUUUGUCAAUUUUUACAAGUGUAUUCUUCUCU